AUGUCUUUAAUAUCAACUGAAUCAUCCUUGGUCACUGCUUUAAAACCACCUUCAUUAGUGUUCCCAUCAUUGCAUAGUAACAGCCAUACGAAUGCAUCUAAAUAUAGUUCAGCAGAUGCUCCAAACCUGACCUCAAACAACAAUAACAAUGAAGAUCACUCUGCUAACAGCAAGAAUUUACAGUCUUGUAUUCACUAUGCAUCUCGCCUCAUUAAAUUACGCUCUGAAUUGAGAUCACCGUCUUAUAUGAACAGAUCAAACAGCAUCAGCGAGAGUGGUGGUGAUACAAUUGGCCAGUUAUUCUACAAAAGCAAUUGUACCACUUUUGGAAAUGGUCGCAAUGGGCGCAAUAGUUCUUUUUAUGAACUCUCAUCUACUCAUAAAUCAUCCAUUCAUGACCAUAAGGGCAGCAGCAGCAACAGUAGCUACAGUCCAUCUCUACUGAGCGACAUUGGGCGUGCCCAAUCGCUACCCAAUGCCACUCAGCAAUGGAAUCUACAUGGCUAUGAUAAAGAAGACGAGAGUGAAAUUUUUUGGCAUCAUCAUAACAAGAUGAUUGCAGCUAAUACAGCGCUACACAAAGCAGCAGAAGCUGACAAGGAGGAUGAACAGGACGAAGAAGCUUCUCAACUAACCUAUCUUUCUGAUCUGGUGCGCGUUAGUUUACGCCGUCGUCAAACGUACUUUCAUGAAACCAGCGAUCAUUUAGCACUACCACCCAGACAUCACUUUGAUCAUGCACCCAAGGAACCAAGCCCUCGUUCCAUCUCUUUGCGAGACAUGAUCAAUGAAGCCAUCGAUGGGGCCAUACAGUCAACGGGUGCCAAUGACAAUACCACGGCAGAUAAACCGACAAUGCUAAGAAACAGCCAAUCUUUUACGUUAGCAUCUCAACUACUCUUUUAUGCAUCUCAGAAUAGCAACUCUCAGCAGCAGCAGCAGCAGCAGCAGAAGGCCGACCAAGAAAAGGGGCAAGAGCAGCAGCAGCAGCCUCAUCAGGAACAGGAGAAAGACACCCUCUUCUUGGAUACUACUAACGUCAAGAACUCACUUGCGGUUACAAAUGACGAAUUCAAGGAGGUGCUCCCUGCUGAUAGUCAUCAUGGCGCCUUUGAUGAAAAAGUAGAAAUCCCAUCACAAGCGACCACUCGUGCCACUAGUAGUAGUGCUGGUAGUACCUUGAGCCAGUGUAACAAACAAGACACGACGAUGACCAGUACAAUCCCAAUGCCUCAGCCCAGUAAAUCGCGUGACAACAAGAGUCUUUUUAGUUUUAUCAGUAGCGAUAGCGAGCUAGACGCAGAAGAUGACGAUGAUACAAAAACAUCACUAUCUAUACACAGCUUCAACAAGCGCAUUAUUCAAAAGAGAAGACUGCAAAAGAGACCGCAGGCAUUUCUAGUGUCCAUAUCGCCGUCUUCAGCUGCGGCUGCUUCAGUAGCUAGAUCCAGAAGAUCAAAGACAAAGCAGGCCAUGAGAGCGCACCAUCAUUUUAAUAGUCUAUUGCAUUAA